AAAAAUCUCAUUUUUAAAAAAUUCUUGCUGAUUUUUGUUAAACUAAAUUAAAUUCUACAAUUUAAGUUGUUAAUUUGUGUAAUAAUGCUUAAUUUCGAGAUUAAAUGAGAAAUGUGUAAAAAGAGAGUAUUAUGAACAAGAGCAAUCAGCUUAGUCUAAUGAAAUUAGUGGCUGAAAAAGCCGUAGAUACUUACGUUAAAAGUAAUUCAAUAAUCGCACUGGGGACUGGAAGGACCAGCACAUUUGCCCUAGAAAGAUUAGCAAAUCAUAUUAAAACUAAAUCAAUAACUAACAUUUUAGGAAUUCCAACCAGUCAAGCUACUUAUCUUAAAGCUAAGGAGCUUGAAAUACCUUUAAUUAGUUUGGAUGAAGUGAUUGGCUCUGACCGUAGAAUAAACAUUGCGAUUGACGGAGCAGAUUCCGUUGAUUCUGAUUUGAACUUGAUCAAAGGAGGAGGAGGAGCUCUAUUCACAGAAUUCAUGGUUGAACAAUAUUCCGAUCAACUCAUCAUUAUGAUAGAUGAGUCAAAACUAUGUAAUGAUCACCUGUUAGAAUCGCAUUAUUUACCAAUUGAGAUAGUAAAAGGGUGUCAUUUAACCACAUGUAAGCAAAUAUAUUCAAAAUUUAAAUCUCAAAUCGUAAAUUGGAGUGUACGAAUGAACUCAGAUGGGUCACUCUUCUUAACUGAUAACGGCAAUGUUAUCAUGGAUACACAAUUUAAACAAACGCCUCUUGAUCAAUUACAAAAGGAUCUCAAAUUGAUACAUGGAGUAGUUUGUUCAGGGCUAUUUUUAAAUAUGGCUACCAAGUGCCUUGUGGCAAAAUCCGAUAACACAAUUGUAACACUUGAACGUUAAUUUCAUUUUUUACACCA